GAGCAGGCAUUGGUCAGACCAAUGCCUAACUAGUGACUGUCUCAUUAAAAAAAUAAAUGAAUCAUUUACUACUCGCACUUUGACACGUUUAUCAGCAGGAAACACCUGGCAGUUAAGCAGGAAAACUCUCACCCAGAGGAUACAUCUGCGGAUCAACUCUAUCUAGAAGACAAGACUUUACAUGGCAAUCACUAUGGAUACAGGCUGGAGAACUUCUGGGUUCACAACUGGAGCUCCUCCUGGUACCAGUCAAAGUGUUGAUGCGGCUGACAUUGCCGUGGUUGUCACCUACUUUGUAAUUGUCAUGGUGGUUGGAAUUUGGUCAUCAACACGAGCCAAUCGCACCACAGUGGGGGGGUAUUUUUUAGCUGGUCGUUCAAUGACCUGGUGGCCGAUAGGGGCCUCUCUAAUGUCCAGUAAUGUUGGCAGUGGAUUGUUCAUUGGUCUUGCGGGAACCGGAGCAGCAGGAGGCAUUGCUGUUGGAGGAUUUGAGUGGAAUGCUUCAUGGGUUCUUGUGGCCCUGGGUUGGAUUUUUAUCCCUGUCUACAUCUCUUCUGGUGUAGUGACCAUGCCUGAAUACCUGGCCAAGCGUUUUGGGGGCUCCAGGAUACGAAUUUACAUGUCUGUUCUGUCCCUCAUUCUCUACAUCUUCACAAAAGUAUCGACAGACAUGUUUUCAGGAGCACUGUUCAUCCAGGUGUCAUUGGGUUGGGACCUUUAUCUGUCUACGGGCAUAUUACUGCUGGUUACAGCUAUUUACACGGUGGCAGGUGGCUUGGCUGCAGUCAUCUAUACUGAUGCACUCCAGACUUUAAUCAUGGUCGGUGGAGCGUUUUCACUAAUGUUCAUAGCUUUCUCCAAGGUUGGGUGGUAUGAGGGCCUCGUGGACCAUUACAUGACAAGUGUUCCCAUGGUGACGGUUGCUAACACUACCUGCCAUAUUCCUCGUCAUGAUGCGUUUCACAUGUUCAGAGACCCCAUAUCAGGUGAUUUACCCUGGCCAGGCUUGGUCUUUGGCCUCACUGUGCUGGCUACAUGGGUCUGGUGCACAGAUCAGGUCAUAGUUCAAAGGUCACUGUCGGCCAAAUCUUUGUCACACGCCAAAGCAGGCAGUGUUCUGGGAGGCUACCUAAAGCUGAUGCCCAUGUUCUUCAUCGUGAUGCCAGGCAUGAUAAGUCGAGCUCUUUUCCCAGAUGAGAUUGGGUGUGUUGAUCCAGCUUUGUGCAGGAGUAUUUGUGGAGCAUCUGUUGGAUGUUCCAACAUGGCUUACCCCAAACUGGUGGUGGAACUAAUGCCAGUGGGUCUACGUGGUCUGAUGCUAGCAGUAAUUUUAGCUGCUCUGAUGUCAUCUCUGACCUCCAUUUUUAACAGUAGCUCCACUCUAUUUACUCUGGACCUCUACCACAGAGCCAGGCCGAGAGCAUCUGAGAUGGAACUUAUGAUUGUUGGAAGGGUUUUCAUCCUUGUCUUGAUGUGCAUCAGCCUGUUAUGGAUUCCAGUUGUCCAAACAGCCAACAGUGGACAGCUGUUUGAUUAUAUCCAAUCAGUGACCAGCUUUCUAGCACCACCAAUCACUGCUGUGUUUGUUAUGGCAAUCUUCUGGCCACGUGCCAAUGAGCAGGGUGCAUUUUGGGGUCUGAUGACUGGUCUGGCUGUAGGAUUAACACGAAUGAUCAUGGAGUUUUCCUACUUCCCUCCUUCCUGUGGUCAGCCUGACCACCGACCUUCUGUUGUGACUGAUGUCCACUACCUUUACUUUGCUCUCAUACUACUGGCUCUCACUUGCCUUGUAAUUGUUGUUGUCAGCUUGGUCACAGCCCCAAUUCCAAAAGAACAUCUCUACAGAUUGACCUGGUGGUCCAGAAAUGAUAUAGAGCCCCGAAUCGACCUUUCAAAUUCACAGGCAACACCUGACCCAGUGAACUGUGACAGACCCGAUGAUGAGCCCUUACCACAACCUACAUGGAAAAGAAUUGUGAUGUGGCUCUGUGGUUUGAGUAGACAAGUCCAAUCUGCACAUCCUGCAGUGGAAAACCAGGAUCUCAACUUCCUACAGGAAAAGUCUUUGUGGAGGAAUGUCUGCAACGUGAAUGCCUUACUGCUACUAGCUGUUAAUGUAUUUCUGUGGGGAUAUUUUGCAUAAAGUGCAGGUUCAAGGUUUGUUUUACGUUUGGACAUUUAAAUGAAAUAUUGUCUGAUUUGAGAUUAUUCAGAAACUGGCACUAAAAUGUUUAUCAAAUAUCAAUAGCAAAUUCAUUUACUUCAUAAAUUGUCUAUGGUCUGGUUCAUAUAUUUCAGUAAUAAGUAUUACAGAUGCAAGUUUUCCAUAAAUGAUGUGCUACUUAUUUAUUGCUGGCAUGGUUUCACUGCUUUUGCUCUACACUCAGUAAAUAAAUAUGGUGUACAGUAUUAGCUCGUCCACGGGGUAAUGGGGAAAGAUCAUACAUAUUCAGCCAACCGACAUCGCUGUAUUUCAUGUUUUUGGGGAACUAGAAGCUUUGUUCCUGCUAGAAAAUGAGGGAACAUUUGUAUUGCUAUCAGUGGUGGCUGAACCAUAUAAAGUGCCCCCCCCCCCCCCCCACACACACACACACACACAGUGUUGACAUGUAUAGUUUGAGCUGAAAACACUUGCUUGCAAUACAGUUGAGAACUGUAUUGUAUUUGAUACAAUUAUUUUCCAAAGAAUAAAGUAAGUCUAAAUUAGUUAUUUUAUUUUAAUUUAUUUAUGUAACCUUUAUUUAACCAAGUGAGUCUAUUUAGAACCCAUUAUCAUGUAUAGCAAUGACCUGGCCAAGACGCAACAAGAGCAGAAGAUAUGAAAAGACAAGGUUCAGACCCUGUCAACUAAAGACUGAUCAGCAUUUUACCCAUUACUUAAAAAUUGCCGAGAAACGGGUGGCUAAAUCUAUUUUAGAACAACUGUGGUAUUCACUCCCUACACCCUAUGCAAUUUGGCUUUUGCCAUGUGUUUUUAUUGAAAAGGUUCAAUCAUAUUUGGAUUGAAAUACAUGUGUUGCUACUGUUUUUAUAGAUUUUAAAAGAGUGUUUGACACAGUGAACCAUUGUAAAUUCACCUCUACACUUGCAGCAUUUCAUUUUACAGAUCACACAAUUCAGUGGAUCCAAUCAUAUCUAGCAGCUAGAAGGCGACGUGUACAGGUAUGUGACAGUAAACCACCUUACCGUUCUUCUCCAGUAGGUGUCCCCCAAGGAAGGGUCUAUUCUAGGACCUUUACUGUCUUGACUUUAUGUUAAUGAUUUACCAAAUGUAUGUCAAAAUGUGGAUAUUAUUAUGUAUGCUGAUGAUACAGUAAUUUCUGACACUACUAAAGUCCUCAAGAUGCAGCUCAACAACUUUCACUUGCUUUAGAUGACUUUCAGAAGUGGAUGGAUGACUCAUGUCUUUGUCUAAACAUUAAAAAAAUGGUGUGCAUGUUUUUCUCUAAACCAGCAUUAAGACUGGCUCCAGCAAAGGUUUAUCUGAAAAGUGAAGAAAUCCAAAAUGUUGAACAAUUCUAAUACCUAGGAGUGUUGCUGAACUUAUGAUGAUCUUUCAGAAAACGUGCAAAAUAUUGUUAAAAUCAUAAACUGCAACUUGUGUAAUUUUAAAUAUGUCUCUGACAAAUAAAGCAGCAAGCAUAUUUUUACAUUCUAU